CACCCGGCAAAUCCGUCGCCGCCAUGUCUUCGACAGCCGAUCAAGAGCGCCAGGAAAAGCUGCUUGCCGCAAAGCGCAUGCUCAAGUCCUUCCAGAAGAAGCAGCGCGCGGUCAUGUCGCCCUCUCCUGUGAGCGACCCACUGCCUGCUGAGCUUCAAGCAAUCCAAGCCCAGUCGCCAACACUCUCUCCAGGCCUUGCGUCUCAUCCCCCUCCUCCAUCAGCAUCAUUUCAGCCUGAUGCUUCCACCGAAGGCUCGCCCAGACCGCAUUCGAUCAUCGAGCCUUCCCUUCAAUCUCGGAGCCCUCUGUCAAGCACCACGUCACCCUCAUUUGCACCCGUUCUCGAGUUCGCUCAGCCUUCCCAGUCUUCUCUUGCUCAGUCACAUCUUCAAACGAUAAAUGCGCUGAUUGAGGAACGGUCGCGCCUGGAGCAAAAAAGCAACGCCCUCAUAUCGGAGAAGCAUCAUCUCUUGAAUGAAAAAAUUGCCCUGGAGCAGUAUCUGCUGCAAAUUCAAAGCGAGUUGCAGACCCUAAAGGACGAGAAGAGUCCACAGAUUGACCAUUCUCAGGAUCUUUCUGUCAUGAAGCUGGAGCUCCAGCAUGCCCAGCAAGAUGUUCUCUUACUGAAUCAGGAAUACCAGCAGCUCGCAGAAAAAUGCAAAAUCCAAGCCACCGCCAAUAUUCGGCUGGAGACUGAGAAACUCGCCUUGCUUGAGAGGCUUCGAAUACAAGACGAGCGCCUAACCGCUAUCUCUGCUGAGGAGCCCGGUCGUGGCGCAGAAAUAGCGCACCAAGUUGCGGAGCUGGAGCAAGCAUUGCACAAAGCACAGACAGAAACCAAUGUCUGGCGUGAGCGCCUUGAAUCCACAAUUGCAGAGCUCGAAUCGGCUCGGCGAGGUUUCGAUAACGAAGCCAUAGUCUUUCGCCAAGUCGAGGAAGAGAACGAAGGGCUUCGGGUCAAAUACGCUCUCGAGACCGACGCGAAGCUCUUCCUUGAAGCGCGUGUUCAGGAUUUGGAAUUUGCAUUAACAUCAACGACCCAACAGCUUCAAGACAAACACGAGCUGCUGGGCUCUACGCAAGUCCGACUGCUUGAACUUGAGCAGUCCAUGGCCGAGAGAGAGUCCACUUCCGUUGAGUUUGACAAGCUUCGCAAACGCUGGCUUGAAGAUAUGGAGUCCAAGGUGAAACUGAACGAUACGCUGACGGAAAUGACUGAGAAGGUCUCCAGGCUCUAUGCAGAGAACAAAAGCCUCGUAUUUCAGCUUGGCGAGCUGCGAGAGCGUCAUAUCGCUAUCAACGACGAGAAAGCUGCGCUUGCCAGCGAACUAGAAACAGAGAGGCGGCGCAUCCAACGAUACCUUCUGGAGCUUGAGUCGCUACAAGCCCUCCGAGACCAAAAACUCCUCGAGAAUGCUUCAAUAACUAGCCAGCUGCCUGCCGACUCACCCGCUGACUUGGAUUCCGAGCACCCGGCAACCGCCCUCGACAAAGCAUUGGACGGAUCGGCAGCAAGCCAAGAGUUAAAACAGGCAUCUGGUAGCCUGGUAGGAGAUUCUGGCGAAGCUGACGAACUCUCGGCCAUGAAAGCCUCCCUAAAACAGUACAAACACCAACUCGGGGAAGUAAUUAAAACGAAUCAAGUCUUGUCCAGCGAGUUGGAUAAGGAGCGGAAACUCAACGUCCUUCUUUCCGCCGAAGUCGACGCCCUGCCCGACUACAUCCAACUCUAUCACCAAGAGCGACGGGCGCUGAUCCAACAGCUGCGCAAGUUUGUUGUUCGGAUUCAAAGGGAUGGCCACCUUGAUCCCAGCGCCAUCCCUAGUGCCUUAUUGAGCGCCAGCCUUGACGGUCGUCCUGCCUCGAUAUCGCAUCAGCAAGAACCAGCCAAGAUCCUGAUAACCCCAACUCAGAGCAUUGCCCGAGUGAUCUCGCUGGAGCAACAUUCGAAGGAGAGAGCAGAAAACAAACAAUCGAAUGCAAUUCACCAGACCGCCAACAAUGACCAUGGCCACCACGACCGCCACGACCAUGACCAUGACCAUGUCCACGACCACCACGAUCACCACCACGAUCACGAUCACGACCACCGCGACCACCGCGACCACCACGACCACCACGACAGCCGCCACGGCCAUGAUCACGACCAUUAUUACGAGCCUCACGAUCACAGUCACGAUCAUAGCCAUGAUCACAGUCAGGACCAUAGUGAAAAGGAUCAAGACCUCAUUCGUGGUCCCUUGUCCCCUGGACAGCAUGCUAUUACUCGCGAGAUGGUUGAAAAGGAGCAGCUUCAGCGCGAAGAUUUGCUCAGAAGAGCCCAGGAAGCUAUUCGAAACGGUGUUGUAAAGGGAAUGCUCAUCAACGGAGAUGUUCGCGAUUUCACUGGCUGUCGGAGUUGCACCGGCAAGGCUUUUGUUCUGUGAUCGCCUGGGAACCCUCCUGUUCGGCGCAGCAAGCCCGAAGCUUGUUAGGAAAUGUACCAUACUCCGUGCGCUCGAGGACACGGACAUGAUUGUGGAUCCGCGAGUCGCUCUUUGGUUACAUCAUAGAGAGCUUCCAUUUGAUGGCUGGUUGAUGCGAAUCGAUUGUGUCACUACUACCACUGUUGCAGCCAAUCGAUAUGAAUAGAUUUGCAGCGUUCAAAAAUGAGGCGGGGCAUCCUCCUUGUUGGGAUCAUUUGUUGGGACGACAAUACACGGCA